GCUGCAGUGUGUCGUCUCUCUAUCUGUGGACAUACAGUGAAAUGGCAGAAGCCAAUAUUUCAUGGACUGAUGACCAGUUAUGCUGUCCAGUGUGUCUGGAUCUCCUAAAGGAUCCAGUGACCAUUUCUUGUGGACACAGUUACUGUAUGAGCUGUAUUACAGAAUACUGGAAUCAGGAUGAUCUGAGGGGAGUCUUCAGAUGCCCUACGUGCAGAAAGACCUUCACUCCAAGACCUGAUUUAGGGAAGAAUGUGAUGCUCGCUGAAAUGGUGGAGAAACUGAAGAGGGCAAGAAUCCAAGAGACUCCAUGUUACGCUGGUCCUGGAGAUGUGGAGUGUGGCGUCUGUACUGGAAGAAAACAGAAAGCCGUCAAGUCCUGUCUGGUGUGUCUGAACUCUUACUGUCAAAAUCAUCUUGAACAACAUGAGAAUCUCUUCAAGGGUACGAGACACAACGUGAUAGAUGCCACUGGACGACUCCAGGAGAUGAUCUACCCUCAACAUGAUAAAAUGCUGGAAUUUUACUGUCGCACUGACCAGAAAUGCAUUUGUGUGCUGUGUAUGAUAAAUGAACACAAAAACCACAACAUUUUAUCUGCUGCAGAAGCGAGUAUUGAGAAACAGAAAGUUUUGGCGGAGACGCAGCUAAAAUUCCAGCAGAGAAUCCAGCAGAGAGAGAAAGAUCUUCAGGAGCUGAGAGAGGCUGUGGAGUCUCAUAAGCACUCUGCACAGACAGCAGUGGAGGACUGUGAGCUGAUCUUCACCGAGUUGAUCUCAUCCAUUGAGAGAAGGCGCUCUGAGGUCACACAGCUGAUCAGAGAUCAGGAGAAGGCUGCAGUGAGUCGAGCUGAAGAACUCUUGCAGCAACUGGAGCAGGAGAUUGAUGAUCUGAGGAGGAGAGAUGAUGAGUUGCAGCGGCUUUCAUACUCCAACGAUGAUAUCAAUGUCCUCCAGAGUUUCCAUUCUCUCUCCGCCCCUUCUGGACUUACAGACUCGCCCAGCAUCAAUGUCACGUCUCAUCUCUCUUAUGAUCAUGUAAUGAACUCUGUCUCUCAACUCAGAGACCAACUGGAGCAUUUCUGCGAAGAGGAGAUGGAGAAGAUAUUUGCUGGAGGCUACAACAGCAAGACGAAAGAUGAGAUUCCUGGGAACUCCCUGGCAAAUCCCCUGGAAAACACCCUGGUGGAGCUGCAUAGAGAACCAAUGACAGCACAUGAUUCACGGACAAGCACAACAACCACCACCAUAACGGUUUAUGACCCAGAGACUGGCAAAGAUGUAUUGCUCGAUGAGGCCUAUCGUAUGGGUCUGAUUAAUUACAAUACAUACAUUGAAAUUCAAGGGAAACAAUGACAAACGUUUUAAGUUCAAGUUCAGAGUUUAAGUUCAGCAUAGUGAAGGGUUUGUUCUUUAUCAAAAUUAAUAGUUAAUUUUAGGGCUGUUGAUUUAACGCUGUGUGAUUAAUUAUAUAAAAAAUUAUGCAUAAAUAAAAUUACACAAUUAAUCAUGUCCCCAGACCUUAAUACGGAAGAUUUCUGAGCAAUUCAAACUUGAAGUACCAACAGUUUCCUCCAGGGGGCAGUAAGCAAAACUCCAGCUUUUAAGGCAACGUGCAGCUUAUACAGAGAACAAACCACCGACAGCAGACAGCACAAGAUGAGAACACAUUCUUGUGUACAAACACAGCUUGAUGGAGUGCAAAUCCAAAGGCAGUGAUCUCAAGACGUGUUUUUCAAUGUAUUAAACUACAUUUAACUUGACACGGUAACCUAAAAGUGGUAUUUUUAUGUCUGAUGUCUGACGCAGGUGUACAUUGCCGUGUCCUUAGAAAAGCCCUUAUAAAAUCUAAUAAAUCUCAGAAUGGUUGACAAAAUGGAUUGCUGUGAACUGUAGGCCAAUGAUUGGCUCAUGUUUAAUAAUAUGCAA